AUGGCCGUAAUCGAAACUUUAUUACCUGGAAUCCAGUCAUUUUUGUCAGUGGAUUUGAGUACUAUACAAUUACCUCCCCAUGUAGAGCAAAAACGUCAGAGAUUCCUUGAACUUAUUGAAGUUCUUAGUUUAGGACCUAUACCUCCAUUACCGAAAAAUAGUCAUAUUACAACAAAUCCUGUUACAAUCAAUACUGUUACUGCUGGAUGUCAUGGUAGUGGUGAUAUUAUUAAUACUACUAAUACCAUUACCACUACUAACAAUAAUAAUUAUAAUGUGACAGUGUUACAAAGAAGACCAUUAAGUAGUAGCAUUGCACGUUUCUUUUCAAAUAAGCGUUAUUCUCUUCCUCCUACGAUAAGCUGUCCAUCACCACCAUCUGUUCUCAUAGAUUCGUUCAAAACACCUGUUACAACAACUUCUGGUACAUCAGUUGAUAAGAGAAAUUCACAAGUCUCCGAUAUAUUUCAAUCAUCAUCGUCAUCAUCUGGUCAUUCAAUCCAUGGAAUUUCAUACGAAUCACCAUCAGACAAUAAAUCUGUUCAUAGUUUUGAUAGAACAAGAAAUUCACUUAUAACAUCAGUUCCAUCUUCUCUUCCACCUCCUUUACCACCAAAAAAGUCCCAACUACAUAAGUUAUUUUGUAAAUUAGACGAUCCAUAUGAAGUACCAAAACAUGCCACAACAGUAUUAGUGGCUAACACCAACACCACUACUGCUGCAGAACCAGCAACCAGUUUAACAUCAUCAUUAUCAGCGUCAUCAACAACCACACCUAUCCGUUCGAAAUCAUCAAUUACAUCCACUAACGGAUUGUUAUACAGAAAGAAACAAUUCAAUCGAUUGUCAUUAUCACCUCAAUUAGAAAUUAUUCAAGAUAAAAAAACUAACUCAACUGUUCCACAUGAUUGGCUUGACAAUAAUACUGCAGUUAGUGACGUGACGACAACGCUAGUCGAUUCAGUUGGAUUAUCGGACACAAUUCAUACUAUCAAACAGGAUAGAACAUUAGUAUUACCAAAGAAAAAUGUAACUGGCUGUCAAGCACGUCGGCCGAGCAGUUCUUUAACUGAUUCGAUAUGGACAUUAGCUGGUAUACUGUCACAUCGUUAUAAAUCAAAUAAAUGGAUACAAUUGAAUUUAUGUCUGUUAACAAAUAAUUCAAGAUUAGUUGCUUAUAAAACUGGUCACUCAAUGACACCAUCAUUAGCUUUAUUCUUAUACGGUUCCACUGGUAUUUAUUCCGGUCGUGACAGUGGUAUGGAACAUGUGAUUAAAAUAGUACAUUCUAGUCGUGAAAUUAUUGUCUUGGCUGCACCUACAGAAGAACAAGCAUUGAUUUGGGUUCGACAAAUCAACCAGUACUCUCAAGGUUCUAUACCAACGGAAGUUUGUUCAUUUCUACCACAUUUGAAUGUCCCAAAUUCCGUCAAUACUCAAACGUCUCCUACUACUUUUACUAAUAAUACUAACAAGAAUACAACUGACCGAAACUUCACAUCUCCACAGUUAUCAAGUUGCAAUAAUCGUUCUUCUAUGGAUGUAACUGAUUUACAGGCUGACAGUGAUUUUUUAACUUUAAACAAAACAAUAUGUAUUGAUUCAAUUCCAUCUGUAAAUCCUACAAAAAGUCCAUCAUUUGAUAACCGUAAUGUUGGCCUUUUAAUUAGUUCUUGUGAAAUUAAUUCUCAGCGUAAUCGGAAAGCAGAAAAAUCUAUGACAAACCACAGAAUAACAAAUCCUAUUGAUGAUGUUAUCAAUACUAAUGACUCUUCCCUUAAUGGUAGCGGUAUGACAGAUUCAAUUCAUCAUUGUCUCUCUUCUAGUGUUGUAAUACCAUCAAGACCUUUAUCAUCGAUGACAUUAUCGUCUGUAUUCGAUUCAAGUACGAUAAGUAUAAAACAGAAUUCACGUCGUAGUAGUUUAAUUUCAUCAAUGCGUCGUAAAGUAGAAUCGUUUAGUUCUAAACGUCGUAUACGCAAAUCUUUACCACAAUCUUUACAACCAUCAACUAAUGGUUAUUCGAACGUAUCUCAAAAUGAAAUGGUGUUAACAGGACAUAGACGAAUGCUAAGUGAUGGGCAGUGGAAAAAUAACUUAUCUAGCUCAAAAUUUUCAUCAGUUCAAUGUCUUCAACAACAAUCACAGCAUAUGAUUUCAUCACCACCGCUACCACCUCCUCCCGCUGCUUGUGUAUGGGACUCAUCUGGGAAUUCUGGCAAAGGAUUUGGUUGGUCCCAUUUAGUAUCAGCUGGUGUGAGAUUUUUAAAUCAACACACAACACCAACAGUUAUCCCAUCUUCCACAAAUAAUGGUCGACCUCGAUCUGUGCGUUAUGAUUCUUCAGCGGCAACAUCGGAUCUUUUCUCUUCACAGAUAUGCUUGACAUCAAAUUAUGGUCCAUUAUUGGAUUUAAACACAAUAAGGUCUCAUUCUACUGCUCCAUAUACUAUUGAUGCAUCCAAUGAUAAUCACAUAGUCAUAUCAGGUGAUGCUUUUAUUUCUAUACCUGAUCAAGUGCCUUGGACGAUUAAAUGGUGCUGUUUAAAAUUGAAUUGUCUUGAAAUCUAUCAAAAUAGUAGAAAAGAUUAUUAUAGUAAAAUCAGUCAAAAUUCUAAUGAAUAUAUCGAUGAAAAUUAUAAUUGGCCUAUAUUUUCAUUACCAUUGAAUAGUGAUAAAGUUGAAUUAGGUUUGGCUGGCAGUAGUGAUAAACGACAUUCAUCGGCUAUCCGUUUAGCUGUUCCAACCGAGUGUACAACACCAUUAUUGUUUGAUGCUAUUGAUAAAUCACAAAUGGGUUCAUGGAUAAGAGGAUUUAUCCAAGCAUUAGGGCUUGUUGGGCCAAUAGAUGUUGCACAACAGAAGAAUUAUUCUCUACAUAGAAUGUCUUCAAUAGGACCUAAAAACACUGUUCUCCUUCAUCCUCCUUGUGUUAGUGUACAAGAAAAUCAUAUUCAUUCUGUUCCUUUAAUAAAAAAUCAUACUGUUUUACCAUUAACAACAACUAUGAAUCCAUUAACAUCAACAUCACUGAUUCAUCGUAUACCGAAUUCAAUUAUGGAAACAUCUCAAACAUCAAUGUAUUAUUCUGAUAUACAUGACAAUGAUGUUGAUGACGACGUUAAUGAUCUUGUUGAUAAUAGUAAUAAUCCAUUCUUUGUAAAUGUUGAAAAACAAGAAACAUCUUCAUCAAAUAUGGUGAUUUAUGACGAAGUAUGUCCUCCACAACCAAGUUUUGCAACGACGACGACCACUGCUAAUACUCCUGUUACAUCGUUGUUAUCAUCAACAGAUACCACUAGAAAUCCACCUAGUUUAUCUAAAAGACGUUGGAGUUCACCUUUGUUAAUUGUUGAUUCAUGUACAAAAUUCCCUGGAUCAUUUUAUUUAUCAAAUAUUGAAUCAAAUAAUGCUUUAUUAACUAACAAUAACAGUAAUAAUAAUAAUAGUCAUAAUAAAUCAUCUAAUUGGCAUAUUAUACCACCACCAAGUAGAAGAUUAUUAGCUCAACCAUUGCCUCCAUUACCGUCAGUUGGACCAAGUACAUGUGAAUCAAUGGCUGGUACAAUUACAAGUGAUGGUAGCUGUACUUCAUCGAAUAUAACACCAGAUGAUUUCGUUGGUUGUGUUGAUGAUGUUAAUGAUGAUAAUAAUGGUUAUCAAGAUGAAGAUGAACGUGUAAAACUCAUUAGAUCCAUUAAUAUGAAUUUGGAAACUGAUAACUAUCCGUUGUAUUGGUCGAAGAAAGACAAAACGUCAGACCGCUGUGAUUUGCCAUCAUCCACACUGAAUCGUCGAUAUGCCAGUAUGAGUAGUUUAGAAUAUUCUGUACCAUUCAACGAAUCAUCGACAAGUAUGUAUGACUACAACAAUAAUAAUAAUAAUAGUAGUACUAAUGACCAAAAGAAACCGAAGAGGAAGGACGGAAAUAAGAGUAUUUUAAAACAAUUCCUUUCGCAUAAACAAUGUCAUUCUUGGAUCAAUAAUAAUGAGAACAAUAAUAAUAAAGCAGAAAAUAAUAACAAUUCUACACUGAACAUAAUGAAUAAUAGUGGUAGUAAUUCAGUGUGUACAGCACUUAUGACAGAUGGUAUUUAUUCAUCACCCUUGUGCACAGCAUUUACAUUUAUAUCUGAGUCAGAUAAUUCAACUUUGCACAAAGCAGAUUCGGAUCUUGUUACUAGUGAUACUACUAAUACUACUUGUACGACCACUACCACUAGUACAUGUACAAAUGUUUUUAGUAAUGAUGGUGAUAAUGAUAAUAUCAGUCGAAGAAAUUCAGGAGAUGAAGUCAGUUUAUGGAAUGUGAAAGCUGAAAACUUUUUAUGUUCCAGAGAUCCAGCUCUUGUAGAGUAUAUGAAAUCAUCUAAAUUAAUUAGUGCUAGACGAUGUGUUUCUUGUUUAACUGGUAAUAAACCGACAGUCCUACAGAAAAAUUCCAAUAUAGAUGGUAUUCCAAUUUCUUCAUCAACUCUUCCUGUUCGUUGUGGAUCCGAUGACACAGCAACAACAAUAAUGAAUACAGAAGCGAUUACUAGUGAUCCAGUUUUAUGUCAAAAAUUGAAUAAACAUUGGAAUCGAAAUUCAUAUUCAUCGAAUUCUUCUCGUACAGCCACUUCAUCAGGUGUGGCUCUGAUAGCUGAAUUUUCAUCACCAGGUUCUGGUGGAACUACUCGGCCUUCAUCAAUGGCAAUGCCUAACUAUCAUCCUCCUGUAACCCUUGUUGAAGAGGAACAAACUAACAUUGAGAAUAGUCCGAUUCAUGUCCACAACGAUUGGUAUGAUCUUCCUCUGAAUUUAGGACAGUUAAAAGAUACGCGAAAGUAUCAGUCAUCCUCUGAUUAUGGAUGUCAAGUGGAAAUUCCUACUUCUAACCUUUCUAUUCUAAACUGUCACCAAUAUCCUCAUAAUCUAGUGAAUAGUAUGAACGAAAACAACAUCAAGGACUCAGUAACAGUGAAAGAUUCCAUCCCACAUUCUACAUCUUUGACUCUUAUUACGUCACAACUAGAUGAGAUUAAACAGGAAACAAAUAGUCUACGAUCAAUAAUAAGAAAUCUAUCAUUUCAACUGUCGGAUCAUCUCGCUCGUGAUUGUUGUGAUCAAUGUGUAAAAAAUGUUGAGAGCCUACCGAAAUCUGAUGUUGUUGACAUUUCCACAUCAAAUAGUGAGAUUCUUCUUGAUCAAGGUAAUACUCCAAUUGAUAAGAAUCUUUCUAAUAAUAAUAAUAUUGAUAAUAAUAAUAAUAUGCCCAAUGGUUGUAACAGAAAGGUUAAUAACAAUACAAUCAAUAAUAUUACACGUAAUAAACAUGGGAAAAUUGAACAUCAAGACUGUAAAUUAAACUCAUCCUUUGAGCAAAAAAUCAAUAAUACUAUUCCUUUGUCAAGUUAUCGUGACCGAAGUCAUAGUGGUCUUACAAGACGACGACAACGACAGAGACAACAACAUCAUCAUCAUUGUGUUGCUGUUGAUAGUUCCAACUAUUCAAAGCCAUCUAAUUGUAAUAUAAUUGAAACUCAAACUAUCGAAUGUUGUUCACAAGUUACUGUAUCAUCAUCAUUAUCUUCCUAGGUUAAUGUGGUUACACAAUCAUUUUCUCGUGUACAUUCACAUUCUAGUUCAUCAUUGAUUUAAGUCUUCAUAAUUUUAUCCCCUUUUCCCUAUUUCUCUGUAUAUUAAUUGCCAUCAAAAUGGAAAGAGCGAGAGAGAGAGAGAGAGAGAGGUAAAGAAUAAAAAUAGACACAUUCACAUUUCAAAGAGCAUUUACUUCUAUUCUGUUCCAAUAAAUUUUUCUUAUUAUUUCGUUUUUUAAUAAUUUUGAUCCUAGAAUUCUGUUUAUCAUUUGAUCAUUUCGGUAUUUUUUCUUCCCCCACUUACAUGUGUCAUAUUCGUUCCCAGUUGUCUCUCUUCAAUUCUCCACUUUUCUUUUUAAUCACUCCUAAUUUUGUAUUUAUAUGUAUCUUUGGAUAGAAAUAACUAUUUGUCUUCCUGAAUUAGCAUUUGAUUCCCUUUUGUCAUUAUUAUUAAUAAUGCUGAAUCAUCCACUCCGGUUAUACCUUCAAUUUUAAAACAAUGAAUCUAUGCAUCAUUUUAUACAUAAUUCUAAAACUAUAAUGAAAACAUUCCUUUCUGUUUUAAAAUGUCCUGUUUGUUUUUAUUUUUCGCCUUUUUCUUAUAGUAGCUAUCAAUUUCAUGAUAUAAACGUGUAUUUAUGUAAUUUUACUAUUACUACUGGUUAUUUAUCAUUAUGAUCCAUUUGAUGAAUUCUCCAUCGGCUUUUGUCAUUCACAUCCGAUAAUAUCCUUUGCUAGUUCAUUGUUAUAUUAACCAUUUCUCUGAUAUAGAUAUCAAUCAUGAUUGAGAGAAUCAUGUUUUUCUGUUAUUAUUUCUGAUUGUUUUUACAGUUGAUUUGAUCACUGGGUGGGUACUGACCAACAUCGUGUGUAUCAGGUCGUUCUUAGUGCAGAUCAAAUUCUAUCAACCUAGUGGCAAUGUAGCCACUAGUUUAGGUGACUUGACAUUGUGUGUACCAUGUUGAGAUGAAAUGGUGGUUGGAGGUACUCGACAGGAAACUCUGAACUUAGGUUUCAUGCUAUUCGACGCUUGUCAGAAAGGUGUACCUGUAAUCCUGAGGGUACUGAUACUCCCUGACGGAUUCGAUCACGUAUCGACCAGCUUCAUAGUCAGAGACAUUACGACUGAGUUAUCCAGGCCGUUGUAGCGUUGACUACGCAUCUGGGUCACUCGGGAUCGAAUCCGUCAGAAGCAUCAGUUCCUUCAAGUUUACAGAUACACCUUCGUGAUUUGCGUUAAAUAACACGAAACCUAAGCCCAG